AAUAUGGAGAAAAGUAAGAGCAUAGGUGUGAGAAAAGGUGCAUGGACAUAUGAAGAAGAUAAGCUUCUCAUAGCUUGCAUUAACAAGUAUGGUGAAGGAAAAUGGCAUUUAGUUCCUAAAAUAGCAGGUUUGAAUAGGUGCCGCAAAAGUUGUAGAUUGAGAUGGAUGAAUUAUUUAAACCCAACAAUCAAUAGAGAAAGUUUUGAGGAAGAUGAAAUUGAUAUGAUUUUAAGGUUACACAAACUCUUAGGAAAUAGAUGGUCAUUGAUUGCUGGAAGGCUUCCGGGUAGAACAGCUAAUGAUGUGAAGAAUUAUUGGCACACAAACUUGCGCAAGAAAGUGGUUUCUGAAAAAGAAGAAAAUGAAGAAAAAGAAAAAUUUAAAGAAACCAUGAAAGCACAUGAAUUUAUCAAACCUAGACCUCUAACCUUUUCAACAAAUUCACCUUGGUUGAAUGGGAAGCACAAUUUUGUGAGUAAUGGCAGUGCAUCAAAACUCGCUAUAGCAUCUUCAAGUGAAGAUGGUAAUGUUCCAAGAGACUGUGAGAAUAUUGGUGAUGCACAACCAUGUGUUGGUAAUGAGGUACUCUCUACAAGCUAUGAGGAAAUUGGUUCCUGCUCCUUAUUACAAGAGAAUAAUUCUACUUUUGAGUUUUCAAAUGUGGAGGAUUUUUUUGCUAAUAGCCCCACUAUCAGUGAUUCCUACUGGAAUUCUAAUUUCCUUUGGGAUCUUUAA